AGCUGAGAGAGCAACAUAUCGGCAACCGGAUUCUCGGGCGAAAUUCACCGAAAUUUAAUUGUUUGCCGAAUUUAUCGCCUUUUGUCCGAAAUUCAAUGGGUUGCUAAAUUUCUCGCCGUCUUUAGUUAUUAACUCGUGAGAGCUCGCAGAUUUUUUUCACAAGCGGGACGGAACGCAAUCCACCUGCUUCGCCUUUCCCUCCAUUUUCCCCUUUUCUCUCUCUAAACCAAUCUUCCCGCCCUCUCUCUCUCUCUCUCUCUCUCUAAACCGAUCUUUUCUCGUCCCUAAAUCUCUCACUCUUGCUGUGAAUUGAAAAUGGCGGUAAUAUCAGUGCCUGCAACCUCUGUACCCUUUAGUAGAACAGAUUCUCCUUCCUGUUCAUCUUCUGCACCUUUCUUUCCCUUUUUCACGAGGAAUUCGUCUCUCAUUGUAAGAAGAAGAACCGAAUUAAUGGGGCUUAAGGUUUCACAUAACCAUUCCUCUUCUCUCUUGCGCCAACCCUGCACAGUUGCUUGCCUUCCUUCUUAUCCAAAGGCUGCUACCAAGAAGCUCUACGUCAGUGGUCUUUCAUUCCGUACAACUGAAGAAAGUCUGAGAAAUGCAUUUAAGAACUUUGGCCAACUUGUUGAAGUUAAACUUGUAAUGGACAAAAGAGCUAAUAGACCCAGAGGCUUUGCUUUUCUGGAGUAUGCAACUGAGGAAGAAUCAAGACAAGCCAUAGAGGGAAUGCAUGGGAAGUUUUUGGAUGGAAGAGUCAUAUUUGUGGAAGUUGCAAAAUCAAAGUCCGAGCUCCAGAAGAGCUUCAACCGCUUUCCACCGCAAUAUUGAGGAUGUCGAUACAUAUGCAUCUGUAAUGUGACUUGCGUCGCUCCAUUAUUGGUGAAAAUUUUCUUCACUUCAAAUUAUUUAUCUCCAGUUGAAACAGUGAAGCAUUUAAAGUUUUAGACAGUUAAUGUUUUAGUAGGACUUUUGCUUCAUAUAGAUUAUGAACAGUAAUUUCUACAUUGCAGGAUGGCUUUAUUUUAUACUUGUAUCAGAGAGAGAGAGAGAAUGUGUUUUAUAGUUGUUGGUGCAGUUGAGAAGCUCUCUAGAGCUAUGAGAGCAUUGUGA